AUGGACCCAAGUGCUGUUCUUGCGCAGCUGAACGCUCUGAAACUGAGCAACGGGGCGCGUGUUGGAGACACCGUUAUGUACCCCGCCAACACUCCCACCAAUGUAGCUAGUGCUCUCAUGGCCUUUAUGAACGAGCGCCGGCAGCCCAGCGCGGCCCCACAGGAGCAGGAGGACACGCACAAGCCUGGCAGCGGGGGCGGCGACAGUGGCAAGGGCAGGGGCGACGUGGACGCUGGCUCGCCACUCGUUGCUCUUGGCGGCCGCAACAACAACAACAACAACAACAACAGCAACAGUACCGGUAACCCAAGGCUGAGCCGAGCUGCCUCUGGCAGCACCAACAACAUUAAGCCCAGCCGGCUGCUGCGCCCCANGCAACAGUACCGGUAA